UUACCAUAGAAAUUUUGAAUAUUGUCAAUAAUAAAGUAAAGCCAAUUAUCUCUCGAGUGGGCCUCACUUUGUCUGCUUCGGUGAGCUGUGAGCUGAAAGUCUUGAGCAGCAGAAGAGGUGAAAAGAAAAGUCUACGAAAAAGUAAAUUACUCUUUUUAUUUUCUUAUCAAAAUAUUAAAAUCCACUCACCAGUAAACGACGACGAAAUUUAUACACGAAUUUAAAAACUAUUUUAGUAUCUGUUUAUUUUUAUAAUUUAUCACUCACCAACUGUUUUUUCACUCUCAAUUAUUUAAACAAACAAUCCUCGUCUUAUUGUCCACAACAAAGUUCUUCAUUGUAGUCCAUCAUGGCCGAUGCAACAACCACAGCCACAGAUGAAGUAGCCAUUGACUUCCACACCCUCUUCCGAAUCUACAAAGACGGUCGCAUCGAUCGGUUCGCCGGCACCCAAAUCCUCCCUCCCACCACCCAUCCGGAUACCGGAGUCCGAUCCAAAGACGUCGUCAUUAAUCCCGGUACCGGACUCUCCGCCCGCCUUUUCCUCCCAAAAAUCACCGCCGACCACUCCGCCGGGAAACUCCCUUUUCUCCUCUUCAUCCACGGCGGCGCAUUUUGCAUCGAGACCCCUUUCUCCCCAAACUACCACAACCACGUAGCUGCUCUCGCCGCCGAAGCAAACGUCGUUGCUUUGUCCCUACACUACCGUAGGCCGCCGGAGCAUCUUCUCCCGGCCGCUUACGAUGACGCCUGGGAAGCUCUCAAUUGGGCCAUAGCCCAUUCUGAAGACGGUGAUGGGCCCGAAGAGUGGCUUAAACACCACGCCGAUUUCCAACGGAUUUUCGUGGCCGGGGAUAGCGCCGGAGCUAAUAUCGCCAACACCGUUCUCGUUCGAGUCGGGUCGGAAGGGGUUAGAAACGGGUCGAGGGUACUCGGGAUGAUUUUGUUCCACCCGUAUUUCCACAACGGCGAGCCGAAUAAGUUGCUGGAUGUGAUAUUCCCGACAAGCAGUGGAGCGACCGACCCAAGAUUGAACCCGGCGGGAGCGGAUCCGAAUGGGCUGGCGAAGCUGGGUUGCGAAAGCGUGCUGAUAUUCGUGGCGAAGAAGGACUGGUUGAAGGAUCGGGGUUGGAGCUAUUACGAAGCCUUGAGGAAGAGCGGUUGGGUUGGGAAGGUGGAGAUUGUGGAGAGUGAAGACGAAGACCAUGUAUUCCAUUUGCUUAAUCCAGCUUGUGAAAAGGCCGUCGACCUCAUGAAGAAGACGGUUUCUUUCCUCAAACAGGUCUAGAUAGAGGCUAUAUGACAUGCCUGUUCGAAAUUUUAUGUUAUAAUUAUCCACAUUUUGUUAAUUUUCCCCUUUAUUUUCUCGUAUUCAAAAAUAAUUUCAUUA